CGAGUGUUCAAUUGUAUAUUUCAUUUGGUAGCUUGAAAGGGCCAUGGUGAUCGACCCCAUAACCGGGAACAAGUACUCUACAGAAUCCCGUGUAUCAAAAAGUGCCUGGCUUACAGACGAGGAGGACCCUGUCAUUGAUAAAUUGAACCAGAGGCUGAGUGACGUCACUGGUCUAGACAUGGCUACGGCUGAGAGCCUGCAGGUAGCCAACUAUGGAAUUGGCGGACAAUAUGAACCACACUUUGACUCUAAGUUAGUGGAUGACCCUGACCUUGCACAUAAAGGGGGCAGAAUUGCAACCAUCUUGAUAUAUAUGAGUGAUGUCAAACUGGGGGGCUCGACAGUGUUUCCUGACAUCGGUGCAGAUUUAAAACCACAAAAGGGCUCCGCGGUGGUUUGGUAUAACAUCUUACGGAAUGGCCUGGAAGAUGAUCGAACCUUACAUGCAGCCUGUCCUGUGUUUGUGGGGAGUAAAUGGGUGGCAAACAAAUGGGUUCGGGCGAGAGGUCAAGAGUUCAGGAGAAGAUGUUCUUUAUCUCCCACAGAAUGAGAGCUGGAGGACUGGAACUGAAUGUUGCAUAGGCUUACACACACACACACACACACACACACACACACACACACACACACGCACGCACACAUAUGCACACACACUCACACAUGGCCACACUAAGGCCACCUUCCGUGUUGAAGUGUAGGCACUGAACUCACCCUGACAAGUUUCAGGGAAUUAAUAAAAAAAAACAGCAGGGAAUCCACCUCAACUGGCCUCAAUUUGCCUUGUCUGUAUCUCCCUGUGGAAAUGGUUUAUACAUACUAAAUGUUACAGUAAUGCAGAGAUGUGGAAAAUAAGGAGGUGGAGGAACUGUUAGAUACAGAGGUACCGUAAUGCCAAUGACCCAUUGUAAGGCUUUGGAGUUGGUAUGUUCCUUGGUGGGUUGAAAUGGAACUAUUGACUGUCUGGCUUGGGUGGAUGUGGAACUAACAGCCAGCUGUGUUGGACUUAAAUGAAACCAACAACUCGACACAGACAUGGAUGGAGAGAUAUCCCUCCAGGAGUUUGAGGGUGAAUCCUGGUUAAUAAUAAAUAAUAAUAAAUAACUAAAAAACUAAAAACUAAAACUACAUAACUAAAAAAUAAAUACACCACAACUAAUGUAAAUUGCAUUGUUUAAGUCGUCUGCAAAGACAUUCGCUUCUACACUGAAACCACUCAAUAAAAAAAAAAAAAUGAAAACUGGUUCAUUAACUGUGGGAUAACACAUCAGUGGGCCUGCACAUAGAGUGAAGCCUUGAUCAUUUGACAUUUCCUGCACGGGCAAAUUGGAGCUAGUUGACAAAGUAGAUUGUCAAGCCUUUAUUGCAAGCUGUACCUAUGUAAGUCAUUUAGGAUUUAAUUGACUGAAUCAUAUUAAUAAUGACCAGUAGGUGACACUGUUCACAAAAAUGUUCAAAUUAAAAUUAAAUGUGACCUGGCAGUCUUAAGUAUCAAGUUGUGUCAAAUGUUAAGCAUUCAAAUCAAUUCAUGGCAAGUCUAUAAGAUGAAUUGGAUAUCUUAUUUCAUUCACAUACACUUUGUAUGAUGACCCUGGUGGGAAUGAGGCAGAGAGAAAUAGUGGCCAGGACCCAUCAAUAACAUUUCCGUACACGGGGCAACACAAAACAAUGUCUGAACAGAGAGCCUCAGAGAGAGAGUCGCUGUGCCCUGUGGGAAAGAACAGAAAUCUCAUCUGGUUCCCCACAGCAGGAUGUCAAUGUACUCUCUUUCUCACAUAUCUGCCAAGCUGAUCCCAAAAACACUGUCCUGAGCCGCUUCUGAGCACACAAAGGAUAUUGCACAUAGCACUGAGGCCCGGAGACCGUUGGAGGCAGCUGGGGUUUGCCAAAGCUCCUCUGUCCACUGUCCUGAAGUGCCCCAUAGCUAAAUCAGCCGGGGUAAGUGUAUCAAGGCCAAAUAGAUGAAUGUUUCUGACAGUGGGGAUUGUUCUGCAGAUGAACCCUCUGUAGGAGGAGAAUCUGUGUGAUCUGUCCUGAAGUGCCCCAUAGCUAAAUCAAUGAUCCAGUGGCGUAACGUAGUAACGACGGGCCCAGGUGCAAGAUAUUAUGACGGGCCCCCCUAGU